AUGGAGGGCUCUGUGCUGAGCCCCACGUCCUGGGAGAAACGACGGGCCUGGCUCCGUCAGAGCCGGCACUGGCAGACGCAGGUCCUGGAAGAGGAGGCUGCCGCAGCCCUGCAGGAUGUCCCAGAUCCCGAGCCUUCCGGCCUGGAUGAUGUUUUCCAGGAAGGGAAUCCAAUCAACAAGAUUGAAGACUGGCUGCAAGACUGUGGAUACUCUGAAGAAGGGUUUUUUGAGGAAGCAGGACAGCCAAUCUGCAAUGGGUGCCUCAGCCAUGGAACCAGCUUUGAAGAUGACUUGACCCUUGGAGCAGAGGCCACACUGUUGGCCGCCAACAGCAAACUCUUCUCCAGGAGUUUCCUGGAAACAGCCCGGCCUGGACAGCUUCUGGAUCUUGGCUGCAGUUUGGCUUCCAGCAGCAUGACUGGUGGGACCAACAAGACUAGUUCAAGCAUCUCAGAGAUUCUGGACAAGGUGCAAGAAGAUGCAGAAGAUGUCCUUUUCAGUCUGGGCUUUGGCCAGGAGGACCACAAAGACACUUCUCGAAUUCCUGCCCGAUUUUUCACCACCCCCUCUCAAGCCAAAGGCAUUGAUUUCCAGCUCUUCCUGAAGUCACAGGUGCGGAGGAUUGAGAUGGAGGACCCUUGCCUCAUGCUGGCCAGCAGGUUUAAGCAAGUGCAAACACUGGCCGUCACCGCCGAUGCCUUCUUCUGUCUCUACUCCUACGUGUCUAAGACCCCUGUCCAAAAGUUCACACCAUCACACAUGUUCUGGAAUUGCAACCCAACAGAUGUGCCAUCCAUCAAGAUUCUAGCCCCAGAACCUGAACCUCACUCACCCAGAGAGCGCCUCCGGAAAGCCAUCUCCAAAAUGUGCCUGUACACAUGCCCACGAGAUCGACUGUCAACACCCAACCAUACCCCCAAAAGGAACAGUUUAGACCAGGUGGUGUGGGAAGUGAUGGACAGAGUGCGAGGAGAGAAGUUGGUCCUCCAGCAAGACCCUGGGUUUGGGCCAGGCCCACAGGGAGAUCCUGUGCCCCCCAUCAGUGGUACAAAGCUGCCCACUUCUUCCUGUCCAUGUGUAUUCUGCUCUAAAGAGGAAACACAGCAAGGGAUGCCCACAUUGAAAGAACCAUUAGAAACUCUGGAUUCUAACCUCAAGAUACCCUGUUGUGCACAUUCUCUGCCCAGAGCAGAUAUACAGUGGAGCACAGACCCUGCACAGGUAAAGAGAGAGCUGUGGAGUCUACAAGCCAUCAACAAAGAAGCCCAUUCAGCCAAGGAUGAGACCUUCUGGAAAAGAAAGAGCAGAGCAAGAAAGAGUCUCUUUCAGAAGAAUCCCGUGGGCAGGAAGGUUAAAUCACUGGACCUGUCCAUCAUCCAACAGAAAUGGAAACAGGGCCAAGAGAGAACAGAACUACACCGUUCUCUAACCCAGCAGCUGCAGGACACUUCAGACUUGGAGGUGCAAAGCAACAGUGAGGAGGAGGAGAGCCACUGGCCCAGCAGACCCAGAAACCACCAGCUCUACCAGACUUUUGCUGGCAAAGAUUCAAGAAGCUUUGCAGGCUUUCACCACCACCACCACAGCACAUGCUCUGACAGCAGCAGCUUCAUAGAAGAGCCUAACUCCCACCUCUCCUUGCAGGAGAGUGUACAGCCUCCAACGUCUAGCUCCUGCUCCCUGGCCCUACAAACUCCUGAUCUCAGUAGGAGAAAAGCAGCAUGGUACACCGGACAGAAGACCAGAGUAAGAGACUUGGAAUCUCCAUCCAUGUCAUGAACGGCAUGCACAGACAGACCUUAAACAGUCACUUCAUUUCUCUUUGGUUUUUCUACUAUAUGGGUAUUAGAAUAUAUGAUCUACAUGAUAUGGACAGUGGUAACCUGGACAAAGACAAUUUUCUCUCAAGCUUUGACACUGCCUAGGGCAGUUAAAAGAUUUAAGGAUGACCAAAUUUGAGGAACAAGUGUUGCUGCUGGAAUACUCUCAAACGGCUCAAGCUAAAUGAGGAAGGACAAAUACCACUUUCACACUCUAAAAUCCUGGUGCAGCCUACAGUGGGAUUUCCUCUGAGCCUCUACUCAUACCUCUGUGUUCCCAAUUAAAUUCCAGGAAGUCUUCCACCGUA